UUCGAAUGUGAUUUUCAGUGGAUAAGUAUCGCCCGGGAUAGUUUGAUCGGUUGUCUAUUGCUUCUCUGAUCAGUAGUGUAUCCAUUCCCGAACGGAAAGAAGUGUAGCAAUUAGAGGGGGACGCGUCCGCUAAUCAAAUUAUAUAAGGUUUAUCAAGGAUCCGGAUAUCAAUAGAGGCUAGCGCUAGUCCUGCCCAAAAUAUCCAUCCUUCCCGAGUCGAAUUGCAGGGAAGACCAAAAGUACGAUGCUUCUGAACCGAAAUAAUUUGGCCUCGCCUUUCGAGAGCGUUCUGUGCAUAUAAGUACCUACUGCAAUUGAUAGUGGUUUGGCUGAGUUGAAACGUUUUGUUUGGAGGAUUUCGACCGGCCAAGAUACUGAAGUUGGACAAAAUGGACGCACCGGCUACUUCGGACAUCUGUAUCAUCAAUGGAAACUCACAUCCGGACUUGGCGAAUUUGAUUGCCAGUCGUUUGGGUGUGAACAAUGGUGGUUGUUCGGUAUACCAUAAAACCAACCGGGAAACGAUGGUCGAAAUAGGAGAUUCAGUUCGUGGGAAGGAUAUCUACAUUAUCCAAACUGGCACUAAAGAUGUCAACAACAACAUCAUGGAGCUGCUGAUCAUGGCGUACGCCUGCAAAACGUCCUCUGCAAACUCCAUCGUCGGGGUCAUUCCGUACCUGCCGUAUUCCAAGCAGUGCAAGAUGCGCAAACGGGGCUGCAUCGUGUCCAAACUGCUGGCCCGGAUGAUGUGCACCUCGGGCCUAUCGCACAUCAUCACCAUGGAUCUGCACCAGAAGGAAAUCCAGGGCUUCUUCGACUGUCCGGUGGACAACCUGCGAGCUUCCCCGUUCCUUCUGCAGUACAUCCAGGAAUCGAUCCCUGAUUACCGGAACUCAGUCAUCGUGGCCCGUAAUCCCGGUUCCGCCAAGAAGGCCACAUCGUACGCCGAACGUCUUCGAUUAGGAAUCGCCGUGAUCCACGGUGAACAGAAGGAGUCCGAAACAGACGAAGUCGAUGGCCGCAAUUCUCCUCCGUUGCUUCCGAAAUCACGCACAAUGGACGUCUCCGGUGGAGUUCCGGUUCAUCCGGCCAAGGAGAAGCCUCCGAUCAAUGUCGUGGGAGAUGUUGGCGGCAGGAUCGCCAUCAUGGUGGACGAUUUAAUCGAUGAUGUGCAGUCGUUCGUAGCUGCAGCCGAAGUGCUGAAGGAGAGAGGAGCAUACAAAAUCUACGUGAUGGCCACGCAUGGUCUGCUCAGUCAGGAUGCCCCGAGGUUGAUCGAAGAUUCACCUAUCGAUGAGGUCGUCGUUACCAACACCGUUCCGCACGAGAUCCAAAAGAUGCAGUGCCACAAGAUCAAAACGGUGGACAUCAGUAUUCUGCUGGCCGAGGCCAUUCGUCGCAUUCACAACAAAGAAUCUAUGUCCUACCUGUUCAAGAAUGUUACCCUCGAGGAUUAGGCCCAGCAAACCAGCUGUCGAGUAACGCCAAACCUACUGAAUGUAACUACACACUGGAUCACACCUACUUUAGCAAACUGACUGGAACCAAUUAGGAAACAACAAACUGCUAGGCGGAGGCCGACUUAUUGUGAGAACUCUUUUUCUUUGGCUUACCGCUGCAGCACUUUUCGCAAUUGUCUACUGUUAGUCCCUGUGAGCACGAUAGAAGCGGCGUGAUGUAUUUUCUGAGAACCACUGCAACCAUAAUCGAUGAUUUUAAGUACAAUGAAAAUGAUUCACGAUUUAUAUAUUAUACACAUAUUACACUUUUUUUAAUUAGCAUUUUCAAAAAAGUACAGAAUAUCAUUCUAAUAAAUAUAGAUAAAAUUCAA